CCUCGGUUCAUUAUAGUGUUUUACAUUAAUUGUAUUGAUCGCCAUCAUCUGUGUCAAUUACCAGCAGCUCUCUUUCAAACUGAAGUUUAUGACAGUAUCAAAGUCCAUUUGGCUCAGAGGAUCGGGUAUAAGUGGUCUGCGGCGCUCUGUCACUGCAGACAAGGAGCCAUUAUUAUCACCGUCCACAUCACAAAGACACAGGCUGGGACCGUCUCGCUCGUUUGGAGCUCACAUCCCGCAGAAAAACAGACCCUUUAUGCGGUUAAAAUGUUCAGGAAAUCUCUGCUAAACAUCGGACUGCGAGUGAACCGUCCGCAACAUGAGGUCCUUCAGAGAGCGACGGCGAAUUACGGGGACACGAUGCGCCGCCGAGACGCGUCCUCCGCCACAGUGAUGGGUGACAACGUUAAACUGAAAACUAUGGACGAUUUAGGCGGACCAAGUUUUUUGACCACCUUGAACUGGCUCUUUGUGAAGGGCUAUUUCCAGACGACGCAACAAAUGCAAAUUGAGCACAGUAAGAUCUACGGCCCUCUGUGGAAGUCAAAGUACGGCCCUCUGGUUGUGGUGAACGUGGCCAGCGCCGAGCUGAUAGAGCAGGUGCUGAGGCAGGAGGGGAGACACCCGGUCCGUACAGAGAUGCCCCACUGGAGGAAAUACAGAGAGCUCAGGAACCAGGCCCAAGGACCCCUGACAGAAAUCGGGGCCAAGUGGCAGCGCAUCCGCAGCAUCCUGAAUCCCCGGAUGUUGAAGCCCAAACACGUCUUGUCGUACGCUAACACCAUCAACGAGGUGGUGACCGACUUCACCGAAAGAGUGGCCUGGCUGAGGGAAACCAGCGGCAGGGGAGUUAUGGUCAAUGACCUGACUGCAGAACUCUACAAAUUUGCUUUUGAAGGGAUCUGUUCAGUGUUGUUUGAGAGGCGUAUGGGCUGUCUGAAUGAGAUGGUGCCUGAGAAAACACAAAAGUUCAUCUUCUCCGUGGGGGAAAUGUUCAGGCUCUCCCCAAUCAUCGUCCUCUUCCCCCAGUACAUGUGGCCCUACCUGCCUUUCUGGAAACAGUUUGUGGCAGCCUGGGAUUAUCUCUUCAAAAUCGCUGAAGAGUUGGUGCAGAAAAAGAUGGAGGAGAUCCAGGAGAAGGUGCACCUGCAGCAGGACGUGGAGGGAGCGUACCUCACACACCUGCUGCUCAGUGAGAAGAUGACGGUCACCGAGAUCCUGGGCAGCAUCACCGAACUCCUACUGGCAGGGGUCGACACAACCUCCAACACUAUCUCAUGGUCUCUGUACCUCUUGGCAAAGGACCCAGAGAUACAAGAACAAUUAUACCAGGAAGUGAUAAGUGUUUGCCCUGGAGACAAGGUGCCAGCCAGUGAUGACAUUGCUCGGAUGCCAUAUCUAAAGGCCAUCAUCAGAGAGACGCUACGGCUGUAUCCAGUGGUACCAGGAAACGCCCGUCUCACUGUUGAAAAUGAGAUUGUGGUGGGAGAUCAUCUCUUCCCCAAAAAGACGCUGUUCCACCUGUGCCACUACACUGUGUCCUAUGAUGAGAAUAUUUUCCCUGACCCCCACGCCUUCCUGCCACAGCGUUGGCUCCGAGGAACGGAGGAGAAGUCUAAGCACCCGUUUGGGUCAGUGCCUUUUGGUUUUGGAAUCCGAGCAUGUCUGGGCAGACGGGUGGCAGAGCUGGAGAUGUAUCUCCUCCUGUCCAGGUUGAUAAAACACUACGAGGUGAGGCCGGAUCCUGCUGGAACCACGGUCAAGCCGAUCACCAGAACCCUGCUUUGCCCUGCUAAGCCAAUCAACCUGCAGUUUCUGGACAGAAGAGUCCAGCAAGAGGAGCAGAGAGCAGCGGCAGGAGUUUCUCUGUGAGCUGUUUUAGUAUUCACACUGUGUUGUCUGCCUGUCCCCGAGCACUUGUUUAUAGGCCUGGCUGGAAUGCGCCUAAACUGUGGCAUAAAAUUCAAGCUGAUUGUAGAUGUGGAAGGUUGUACAGUGAAGAGUACAAUGCUGUAUGUAAUGUGAAUUAUUUAGUUUCCGUUCCACAAAUGCCAUGUGUUUUUUCAAUUGUCAGGCCUCAGAGCCAAACCUGAUUACAGUAGGGCUGACUGGAGUUUACAUGUUCUACUCACACCAAACUCCUGCAGGGCAAAUCUUGACUUAUUCUAUAUUUUUCUUACAACAAAUUCCAUGAAAAGACCAAAACUAAUAAUGUGUUAGUCUUUCUCUCAAUACUUUCAGAUUCCUUUGCUGUGGUCCCAAGCCCACCGGUUCCUACUGAAAACAUACAGUACUGGGCCUAAAAGCUUCUAAGAUGGUUUCUGUUAGAGUAAUUUUAAAACUUAUAUCUAUAUAUAGUAAUUAUUUUUUGUACAUAAAGAAAUGUAUUUUUAUGUUUUAACAGUGUUUACAAUUAUGAUUUUGUUUUACAAUUAAAUUUCCCAGUUUGUUAUUUGUAUUGGCCAAUGUAAUGUCAUGUAAUGUGUCAGUGGGUUGAAAAUACCUAUAACAUCAAGUUUCUAAACCAGUACACAAUGUGUAGAGAGGUUUAAGUCUCCUUCCAACAGUGCGAGUAUCAUUCUGGGUUUGAAUCUCUACCACAGCAUUCACCUCUGUCUUCUGAUGUUGUCUAAUAAAAUUGUAGCAGAAAUGCCA